CACUGUCGUCAUGCAGGAUGCCUGGUGCCACGGUGCACAGCUGAGGCUGUGGGGUGUUUGGCUGUGUUUGCGGCAAACACAGCCAAACACAGGCAAACUUUGCUUGUCCAAGACUUGGACUGAGAGUCAGAGUCAGAGUCAGAGACACAGGAAGUACCUACCUUUUUUAGGUAUUUUCAGGAUCCAUCAUCCCAAAGGCAAACUCUAGUACGCUCUCAAACGUCUCUGGAGCGAAAAUGGCGCAAGCAAUGGCCACUGUCUCUCAGUUGGCACGGAUCCCCUGCAUUGCUGUGCAGAAGUUGAAUACAAGCACCACAUCUUCUUCUUUGCAUGCGGUUCCCCUGCGCUCAACCCAUGUACCAUCUCCUUCUACCACUUUGUCCUUCUCUUCUUCCAUCAGAUCUUUCCCCGCUUCCAGAGGCUUCAAGAAGCAAAGUUCUUCAAACAGAAAGCCCGUUGCCGUUGCUCAGGCCACAGAUUCGUCUAGGAGCGAAGCAGCACCCUCAGCCGCGAACGCUGAGUUGGAUGGCCUCUUUGAGGGCUUAUCAUCGACCGAUAAGAUGAUUCUAUCUUUGGCGGCCGCCAUCACUCCAAUGCUGCUAGCAGAGGAUGCAUCUGCCGACAUUCUGAAGGGCCGUAUUGCCUCGCUGACGCAUCCCGUGGUUAUGUUCCUGUUGCUGGCCACCACAUUGUGGACCGGUUACCUGGGGUGGCAGUGGCGGCGAGUGCGCACAAUCCAGGAUGACAUCAGCGAGUUGAAGAAGCAGCUGCCACCCAAGGGGGAGGACGGGAAGGUCCCAGCGUCCCCUGUAGAUGCGCAGAUUGCCGCCCUGACUGAGACUAGGAAAGAGUUGCUGAAGGGGGGCUUCCGGGACCGUCACUUCAACGUGUCGUCCCUUCUUCUGGGCGGCGGCACCACCUUUGCCAUUGCUGGGGCGUAUAACACAUUCCUGAGGACGGGCAAGCUGUUCCCAGGGCCCCAUCUUUAUGCAGGAGCAGUCAUUGUCAUUCUGUGGGCACUGGCAGCGGCACUGGUUCCGGCUAUGCAGAAAGGAAACGACACUGCAAGAAGCGUCCACAUUGGGCUGAACGCAGUCAACGUCGGCCUCUUCCUGUGGCAAGUGCCAACCGGUCUUGAGAUCGUUUGGAAAGUUUUGGAGUUCACGACCUUCCCGUAAGGCUGCCUGCUGAACACUAGGUUGAGUUGUGCAAGAAAGUUUUGAGUGUUGAGUUGACGAAUUCUAAUCGAUGGUUUAACAUGGAAGAUCGUGACCGAGAUUCAAUCAAAGACUUUGACUCAGUCGGAACCUUAAAUAAAGCUCGACUUGAUUUUAUCUAACUAUCACAUCACCGGAGAGCAAAGAUGCUAACUGAAUGUAAAGCGGCCUGCAAAUUAGGGG